CCGGAGGGAGGCGGCUCCGCGCGGGGCCCGCCGCCCGCGCCUGCACGACACCGGCCGCGGCUCGCCAACCCUCCGCGCCCGCCCGGACGCGCGCCCCCGCCCCGCCGCGGCGCGCUCGGGGGCGCGGGGACUCCGGGUGCCCCGGUCCGCGCCGCCUGGCCCCCUCCGUCAGUCUCGCAGCUGCUGUCCCCCCACCCGCCGCCCGCCCCCCGUAUUGUCAGGCUCCGGCAGCGAGGGGGGCUCCCCGCACUGGCAGGAUGUACCCCCAGGGAAGGCACCCGACCCCGCUCCAGUCCGGCCAGCCUUUCAAGUUCUCGAUCUUGGAGAUCUGCGACCGCAUCAAAGAGGAAUUCCAGUUUCUUCAGGCUCAGUACCACAGCCUAAAGCUGGAAUGUGAGAAAUUGGUCAGUGAGAAGACAGAAAUGCAGCGACAUUAUGUCAUGUACUACGAGAUGUCCUACGGGCUCAACAUUGAAAUGCACAAGCAGGCUGAGAUUGUGAAGCGCCUCAGUGGUAUUUGUGCCCAGAUUAUCCCCUUCCUGACCCAGGAGCACCAGCAGCAGGUGCUCCAGGCCAUGGAGCGUGCCAAGCAGGUGACCGUGGGGGAACUGAACAGCCUUAUCGGACAGCAGCUCCAGCCGCUGUCCCACCACACCCCCCCUGUGCCCCUCACCCCGCGCCCCACCGGGCUGGUGGGCGGCAGUGCCACGGGGCUGCUGGCCCUGUCCGGAGCGCUGGCCGCCCAGGCCCAGCUGGCCGUGGCUGCCAAGGAAGACCGGGCAGGCGUGGAGGCCGAGGGGUCCAGAGUGGAGAGAGCCCUGAGCAGGAGCGCAUCCCCCUCGCCCCCUGAGAGUGUGGUGGAAGAGGAGCGGCCUGGCGGCCCUGGUGGGAAGCAGCGAACCGACAAGGACCUGUCGGGACCUUAUGAGAGCGAUGAAGACAAGAGCGAUUACAACCUGGUGGUGGACGAGGACCAGCCCUCAGAGCCCCCCAGCCCGGCCAGCACCCCGUGUGGAAAGGCCCCCAUCUGUGUCGCUGCCCGUCGGGACCUCGUGGACAGUCCCGCCUCCUUGGCGUCCAGCCUUGGCUCACCACUCCCCAGAGCCAAGGAGCUCGUCCUGAAUGAUCUUCCUGCCGGCACGCCUGCCCCCAAGUCCUGCGACUCCUCCCCGCCCCAGGACGCGUCCGCCCCUGGUCCCAGCUCGGCCAGCCACCUCCGCCAGCUUGCUGCCAAGCCCACGCCCUGCACGGACAGCCUUGACCCUGCGCUGUUCUGGGGUCCUAGAAAGAAAUCAGCUCUGGAACUUGCCCUCAAGAAACUCCCGGAUGGUGGAGGAGGAGACCCAGACCCCAGAAUCCCAGUCCUGUGUGAUCAAGGCUGGGGCUUUGAAGACUGUGUAGGAGUUCAGCAGCUGAAGAAGGAAAGGGGAAAAUGUGUCAGCCCCAGAGGGAACACUAUUUGUCAAUGUCUACGGAUAGGACAGGCCCUGAGGAGCCCCCUGACCCUGUCCAGUCCCUUUACCACAUCCUUCAGCCUGGCCUCCCACAGCACCCUUAACGGGGACCUCUCUGUGCCCAGCUCCUACGUCAGCCUCCACCUGUCCCCCCAGGUCAGCGGCUCUGUGGUGUACGGACGCUCCCCCAUGAUGGCAUUUGAGUCUCACCCACAUUUGCGCGGGUCGUCCAUCUCUUCCUCCCUGCCCACCAUCCCUGGGGGAAAGCCGGCCUAUUCCUUCCACGUGUCGGCCGACGGGCAGAUGCAGCCGGUGCCCUUCCCGUCGGACGCGCUGGUGGGCGCCGGUAUCCCGCGGCACGCGCGGCAGCUGCACACGCUGGCGCACGGCGAGGUGGUCUGCGCCGUCACCAUCAGCGGCUCCACGCAGCACGUGUACACGGGCGGCAAGGGCUGCGUGAAGGUGUGGGACGUGGGCCAGCCCGGCGCCAAGACGCCUGUUGCCCAGCUCGACUGCCUGAACCGGGACAACUAUAUUCGCUCCUGCAAGCUGCUGCCAGAUGGCCGAAGUCUGAUCGUGGGCGGUGAGGCCAGCACCCUGUCCAUUUGGGACCUGGCAGCGCCCACCCCUCGCAUCAAGGCCGAGCUGACCUCGUCCGCCCCCGCCUGCUACGCCCUGGCGGUCAGCCCUGACGCCAAGGUCUGCUUUUCCUGCUGCAGCGAUGGCAACAUUGUGGUCUGGGACCUGCAGAACCAGACCAUGGUCAGGCAGUUUCAGGGCCACACAGACGGCGCCAGCUGCAUCGACAUUUCCGAUUAUGGCACCCGGCUGUGGACGGGGGGCCUGGACAACACUGUGCGCUGCUGGGACCUGCGGGAGGGCCGCCAGCUUCAGCAGCACGACUUCAGCUCCCAGAUUUUUUCUCUGGGCCACUGCCCCAACCAGGACUGGCUGGCCGUCGGCAUGGAGAGCAGCAACGUGGAGAUCCUGCACGUCCGCAAGCCGGAGAAGUACCAGCUGCACCUGCACGAGAGCUGCGUGCUCUCCCUCAAAUUCGCCUCCUGCGGGCGGUGGUUCGUGAGCACUGGAAAGGACAACCUUCUCAAUGCGUGGAGGACGCCCUAUGGAGCCAGCAUCUUCCAGUCCAAGGAGUCGUCAUCUGUGCUCAGCUGUGACAUCUCUGGGAACAACAAGUACAUCGUGACGGGCUCAGGGGACAAGAAGGCCACUGUCUACGAGGUGGUGUACUGAGAAGCCCCUCUUCCUGUGCCCCUGCCCGGCGCCCGGGGGACAGACCCCUGCACCCCCUCCCCAGCCACACCUGGGGGCGCCGAUGCUCACGUGCCUUCCGGCUAACGUCCUCACAUUGUCUGUGGGGCAUGGGGC